AUGCACAACUCCAGUGCUGCAGAACAACUUCAUCCAUUUGGAAAAGAAGCUCUGCGGCACCUCAGGUCCGGCUCAGCUGGUGGUAUUCCGCAAAGCAGCAGUCGCAGACUCCUUCAAACACAGGCGCAAGUCAAUGAGGUGGUGGACAUCAUGCGUGUUAAUGUAGACAAGGUGCUGGACAGAGAUCAGAAGCUGUCAGAGCUGGACAACAGGGCCGAUGCUUUGCAGGCAGGAGCAUCCCAGUUUGAGACCAGUGCAGCUAAACUGAAGAGGAAACACUGGUGGAAGAACUGUAAGAUGACGCUUGUUAUGGGAGCGGUCGGCGCACUGAUGUUCAUCAUUCUCAUUAGUAAGUAA